GGCUGAGGCUGGCGCUGCCGCCGGCGGGGGACCCGCGCUCCGGGCCGGCUCCGGGGCGGGGCUUUGCUGACAGCGGCUCCCGGGCGGAGUUUCGUCCGCAGGCCGCUCGUCGCAGCCGCUCCUUCCCCGGGGCGGCGAGGCCGGACCUGGCAGCCGGCAGGCAGCAUCUGGGAGCCGGCAGGGGCGGCGGGGCGGGCGCGGGCCGCGGCGGCGGGCGCGGCGGCAGCGAAGAGCGGCGAUGGCUUUCGAGGCGCUGGCGGAGGCGGCGGAGCGCUGGUGCGCCCGCACGCCCUUCCAGCUCAUCGCCGCCGAGGAGACCGAGCGCCGCAUGGACUUCUACGCCGAGCCCGGCGUCUCCUUCUACGUGCUGUGCCCGGAGCCCGCCUGCGGCGACAAUUUCGUGAGUGCCCCGGCAAGGGACCGGCCACGGCCGAGCCACGUGUGGAGCGAGAGCGAGGACUGCCUGCCCUUCCUGCAGCUCGCCCAGGAUUACAUCUCCUCCUGUGGGAAAAAGACACUCCAUGAAAUACUGGAAAAAGUCUUCAAGUCCUUCAGGCCUCUGCUGGGGCUGCCAGACGUCGACGACGACGCCUUUGAAGAGUACAAUGCGGACGUGGAAGAAGAGGAAGCCGAAGCCGACCACCAACAGAUGGGCGUCAGUCAGCAGUGAUCGCCUGAGACGCUGAACCAUUCGGCAGCCCUUGGUGCCAGGCGGGCUCCAGUGGUGCCACGCUCGCCUGUCCGAGCGCCUCACACGGGGAUAGCUGGCUCCCAGGAUCAGAGUUUUACAAAACACUUUGAAAGCAAACAAAGAAACCAAUAAAAUUGAGUAGUGGUAACCCUGUGA